AUGCCCGACAAGCCAAGCUAUGAAGCCUGGAUAUGCGACUGGCGACGCAAUCCAGAAGUCCCCGCCAAUGAGCCCAUCGUUGCUCUUGAGACCUCCAGCUACGAUUCGAUUGCCAGCUACAAUGGCUCCUACGUCCUCUUCAUGGUCGACCCAGAUGCAAGAUACCCCUCGAGCCCCAGCCUGCGAUUCCUCCUGCAUUGGCUGCAGACUGAUAUGACGGCUGCUCCAAUGUCCUCUGACGGCACCAGUCGUCUCGUGAAUACCACAUCCCCACGAGUCCCGUACAUCGGACCUGCGCCUCCUACCAAUUCGUCUGCCCAUCGCUAUAUCCUCUACGCUUUCUUCCAGCACGACAACUUCUCAUUCCCUUCUAGUUUUGAGGGCAUAGGUGCCGCAAACCGAACGAGAUUCAACGUUACAAGAUUCUUGGACGAGUCGAAUUUGGGACAGAGUCCAGCGGCGGCUAUGUACUACUAUGCCAGUAACGAAACUCAAGUACCGCAAGACUUCACAGCCGCAGGAGGGGGGACAUACCCGGGUGGAAAUGGAGACAUGGUCACAUCUGGCCCUGGUCCCAGUGUGACUCUUUCCUCGACUCCUGCGAGUGCUUCGGCUUCCAUGACUGGAUCAGCUAGCUCAACAGCGGCAGGAUCGGCGGCGUCAGCAUCAAGCACGGGUGCGGCUGGGAAAGUAAAUGUAGGAUCUGGGGUGUUGUUGGGCAGCAUGAUGGUGCUUCUCAAUCUGAAUCUAGUGUGA